UCUAACUCGCACCAAGUUAACACACACACAGCACACGGCUUCGAAAGCCGCGAGUUUCGGUCUCAUCGACAACAACAACAAUAAAAACAACAGCAAGAAGUAGAAGAACAACAAAUAUUAAAAUAAAUAAAGAGGAGAUAUGAACUGAACGAACACGGGGAAAUAAAUUUAAGAAAAAGGAUUAAGCGCGGCGGCGAUACAACGAAUCGCGCGAUGCGUCCUCUCGAGUGAAUCGCGUACAGAUCCAGAUAUAGAUGUAAUAGAAACAGUGCGAAAACGGUAAAUUAUUUUGUUUUUGUUUUUUCUUCUGUUGGUUGCGCGACGGAUCCACCAGUUAUUAUUCUGUCGUUACAAUUUUCGCGCUGAUCGCGGGAUCGUUCCCGGAGAUUCCGGAAAACUGGAAGAGGCGGCGAGGAAUUGGAAAGAAGAGAGUGUGAGAAAGAGAGACGACUCUUUCCAUUCUCGGCUCUCCCGAAAGUUCAACUUUUUUCGCGUGUGCUCAUCAGUUGUUAUUGUUUCUUGUAUCUUCUGUGAUUUCGUCCAUCCUCGAUCAUCCCCAUCAAAGUGGACUCCGCAAUAAAUAAUAUGGUGUUGGAAUCGGGCGUCCUGCCGCCCCCAUUGCAGCUGUACGCGGCGGCGGCGGCACAUCUGGCGCCGCGGCCGCCCUGGGCACCGUUCCUGCAGUUCCCGGGGGCGGCCAGCCUGCUGGGGAUGCCGGCCGCCGCCUUCAAUCAGCUCGGACGGCCGCCAAGGUAUCCCCCGGGGAUCGGGCUGCGGGCGCCGCCGGGACCGCCGUCCGAAGACAGCGGCAGCGAAUCACAUCAAGGAAAAGGAGGCGCAGGAAGCAGCAACGAGGCAGAUUCGGAGAGCGCGGCGUCCAAGAGGCGUCGCAGUCGGACAAACUUCAAUAGUUGGCAGCUGGAGGAGUUGGAAAGAGCGUUCCUUGCAAGUCACUACCCGGACGUCUUCAUGAGGGAGGCUCUCGCGAUGCGUCUGGACCUUAAGGAGAGUCGCGUGGCGGUGUGGUUCCAGAACAGAAGGGCCAAGUGGAGGAAGAAGGAGCACACGAAGAAGGGUCCAGGAAGGCCGGCUCACAAUGCGCACCCCCAAUCUUGCUCCGGGGAACCGAUUCCACCAUCAGAGCUGAGAGCAAGGGAAAGGGCGCGCCGACGGAAGAAGUUGCAGAAGGCGUUGGAGAGGCAGGCAAGGAAGUUGCGUGCGAAGGGCAUCGCCGUGGAUCUGGUGGCUUUGAAGAGGGACUACCUGAACCAGAGGGGUGCCGACAUCCUGGACAGCGACAGCGACAUCGACGUGGUCGGUGAUAGCGGCGCCGAAUCGGAGAACAUGUGCGGCGGCAGCGAGCACGACUCCUCCAUCGGCGGACACUACCCUCCCGUCACCGAGGAGGUUGGGGUCGACCUGACAGCAGCCACCCACGACCACGACAAGACCAGACGCCCCAACCCCUUCAGUAUAGAAUCCCUCUUGAACACUUGAAGGACUUGAUUUGCGAACACUGAAAGCAAUGAAAGAAAUCAGAAAUUAACUAACCCCCUCCAAACAAAAACAAAAAUAAAGAAGAGAAAAACAAUAACGUUAGUAAGGAUCUACGAGAGAAGGAAAUAUCAUCUAUCUCCCAAGAAUUGUGCAAUAAUGUAUAUAACUAUAUAUAUAUAUAUAUAUAAAGAAAAUAAUUAAUUUAACUUAACACAAGAGAUAAAACAAGAAAGUAUAUUAUAUAUAUAUAUUUAUUUCGAAUUUAAGGACUUUAGAAAGAAGCAAACAAGUGUCGUGUAACGUGUUUUUUAGAGAAGAAACCCUCAAAAAUCCCUCUUAGUGUAAAUAUUAUCCCCCCUUUCCAAGAAAGGCCAACUGUACAUACGAAAUUCCCCACAUUCGACGACGACGACGACAAAAAAAAAUAUGAGACAAUUCCAAUAUAUUUAUUAAAUUACUUAACUUAAGUCACAGAAUAGUACAUAUAUAUAUAUAUCUAACUACCCCUAAAUCCCCUAUCCGAAAUAUGGCUCUAUCAGCAAUACAAAAUUAAACGAGUUCAAAUUUGUUAGUUUAGGAAGUUUGAUGAUGAUGAAAAGAGAUUCCUAAAUCAUUACAUUCCCAACUCUUUUUCUCUUUCUCUAUCUCUCUUUCACACACACUUAUUCUACUAUCUCCUCCUCCGAAACUCUUUAACUCUCUAUCUCUAUAUAACUAUCUCCAAUAACUUGUGCAUGCCCGUAAACGAAAAUGUCAAAGAAUAAUGUCAAAGCGGUGAUAUCUCAGCGAAUCUCCGCAAAACUUAUCAGUGAUCUACAAUAUCAAAUCUAACUAAGUAAGAA